GAAUUGAAUCCCGGUUUUUUUUUUGAGAGGAUCUAGCACAAGAAGAGGAUGGACUGAGCAACAUGUAAGAUGUGGCUGCUGCACGUAAAAAAAAUAAGGUCAAGUAAAUAAUUACCAUCAGGAACGAGGCAUCAGGCGCCAUAAUGAAGAUUUAUUUGCAUCAGUAGCUGCGUGCAUAUGCAGAGAGGAGAGGUUUUAAUUGGGUAUUUCACAGGAACAAAAGAGAUGCUUGGACUGCACUGACAGUCUGCUGAAGGUUGUCAGGAAGAGUGGAUUUCUUUUUCUUACUGUAUUCCAGAGAAAAAAAAAUUGCAGUCAGCGAAGAAAUCCGUGACUGAAAUUAAAAAUCCGAAACAAAGAAAUAGGGAUUUUGGGGGAUGGAUGAAACCAACAGUCGCUCUGCUGUUUUAUCUUCCGAGGAGAAACUUAAUCUCCCUCCAUGUAAGUUUUUAGUCUCUGUCGUGCUGUCAGAUUCUCUCACAUCCCAACACGCUGGCGGACUGUCAGCUGUUCAUGUCACUCUGUCUGGUUUCAUUCAUCUACUGUGUGUCUACUGAAGCCUGACCACAUGAGCGGAGGCGGCACCCUGCAGCAACGCACCACCUACCUCAUCUCCCUCACCCUGGUCAAGGUAGAGGCCGUGGAGGAGAAUGGCGGAGGGGAGGCCAAGAACAGCAGCCAGGGAGCAAAGGAGGUGGACGCUGGGCCGGAGACCCGGCCGGGAGGGAGGGCAGGAGGAGGAGGAGGAGAGGAGGAAGAGGAGAAGGCCUCCGCCGGGGUGAGAGCGGAGGCUGAAGGUGAAGCUCCUGCGCGGGCGGAAAAUGGAGCUGGAGUGGAGGGACCGCAAAGUGCUGAGGAUGCUGCUGCUGUUGAUGUGAAAGGGGUCAAAUUAAGUGAACUCAAGGAUGGAGAGAGAAAACCCCUCAGCCCUUUGAAAGAUAAACUUCCCUCCGCUGUUGAUGCUCUUAGUAAAGGAAGUGAAAAGCCUCCGUGCAACCUCUCGAUCCCCUUACAGGCCGAGAGAGUUCAAAAGUCCGCAGAGACAGACUUGACACGGGCAGAGAAGCCGCUUUCCACCCCGGAGGCGAAGCAAUGCAGGUCUCCAUCACUGACGACGACACCGUCAACGGAGGUGGUCGAGCCCGUUCGCACCCCGACCAGAACCAGCCUCCCUAUCCGCCCGGCGGGACAGCGUCCUGUGAGUCUGCUGAAGUCUCACAGCAGCGUGGCCACCCGGGGCCGGGACUCCAGAGAUGGCAGAGAGCGCAGCCCUACCUCAGCCCAGAGCCUCGACCGGAAGGACUGCCGCAUGCCUACACGCUCUCCAGGCCCCUGCAGGGCCUCAUGGGCCGAGGCGAGCAGGCCCGAAGGAUGGAGAGACCUGCAGGAUGAAGCUCACGCCGGACUACCGCUGGAGAUCGGAGGCGGCAUGGCUGCGGUGAUGAGAGACAUCCCCAGGAAGGAGCGACUAAAGUCAGGUUCCACCUCCCUACCCGCACCUGCGACCCAGGCCCCCAAACCGCCACGCAAGGGGAAAAGCCGCACGUUGGAUAACAGCGACCUGAACAGCCUCUCUGAAGACCUGGGUCUUGCCAGGGAGGCCCAGCAGGCGCAGCAGGGCCAACGAGGCUCCGCUAAAGACAGGAAGAUGCUCAAGUUCAUCAGUGGCAUUUUCACAAAGAGCAGCUCGGGGGCAGCGGGGUCAUCCUCCACAGCGCCUCCUGUCUAUAUACAGAGAGACUCCAGUGAGGAGGAAGUAAGUAUUGCCAACAGCCAGGAGUGGAGCCUGAGUAGAUCCAUCCCAGAGCUGAGAGUGGGCAUUCUGGGUAGUAUCAAAAGCGGCAAGUCAGCGCUGGUGAACAAAUACAUCACAGGCAGUUAUGCUGCAAUUGAGAAGGCUGAUGGUGGCAGGUAUAAAAAGGAAGUGCUGGUGGAUGGACAGAGUCAUUUAUUAAUGAUCCGGGAGGAACCUGGACCACCUGAUGCACAGUUCAGCAGCUGGGUUGACGCAGUGAUUCUGGUCUUCAGUCUGGAAAACGAGGCCAGCUUCCAGGAGCUCUAUCAGCUCUACAGCCAGCUCAGCGCUCACCGCACAGACAUCCCAGUCAUAGUGGUCGGCACUCAAGAUAAAAUCAGUAGCACCAACCCCCGUGUAAUCGAGGACCAGAGAGCCCGACAGCUGUGUAUCGACGUGCGUCACUCGCUGUUCUACGAGACCUGUGCCACCUACGGCUUCAAUGUCGACCGAGUGUUUGCAGAGGCCGCCCAGAAGAUUGUAAAUCAGAAAAAGCAGGCGGCGCUGCAGGCCUGCAAGUCUCUUCCCAACUCCCCGAGUCACUCUGGAGGCUCCACACCUGGAUCAUCAUCACUUCCUGGCCAGGCCAGUAAUGGCCUGAGUAGCAGCUACGCCUGCUCCCUCCCCUCCACCCCUGUGACCGGUCGCAAAGACCUGAGGGUUGCACAGGGAGAGGGGGGAGGCAGUAUCAACGCACGCGCCCUGAAGAGCAUCCCCAGACGGCCCUCCCUCUUCAAGAAUCGGGAUCCAGAUAAAAAAGCUGCUGAUACAAAAGGAGACUUGAGCAGCGUACGGGGCGUUCCCAUCAAACAGAGCAUCCUUUGGAAGAGAAGUGACAGAUCUCUGAACAAGGAAUGGAAGAAGAAAUACGUCACCCUUUCCAACAACGGCACGCUGUCUUACCACUCCAGCUCCAGUGACUACACGCAGAAUAUUCAUGGAAAGGAAAUAGACUUGUUGCGUGUGACAGUGAAGGUUCCUGGGAAACGUCCUCCGAGAGCCGUCGCCCCCGCGGGGCCCUCACCUGUCCCCUCUGGUGUUGUGCCUGGAGUUAACGGGCUGAGUAAGGACCCGACAGCCGCUGAUAACACAAGUACAGUUCCUCAGUUGUGUCCAGCCACUCUGUCUGUGGUCGAUGACAGGUCUGGUGGUUUGUCACCUCAAGGAGGUGAGAGAGGACUUCAGCGCUGCCCCUCUUCACUGUCAACCAAAGCACAAAGUGUUGAUGCCCUUGAAGGGACAGCCAGUCAUUUCGCUGGAAAAGACCCGGGCCAGUCAUCUCCCAUGAGCGACAGGAAGAAGAACAGGAGGAAGAAGAGCAUGAAUCAGAAAGGAGAUGCAGCCGUCGGGCAAGCUGAAGACGAAGAGAACGCAGACUUUAUCAUUGUGUCGUUUACCGGGCAGACGUGGCAUUUUGAGGCUCAGAGCCUGGAGGACAGGGACUCGUGGGUGUCGGCUAUAGAGAGCCAGAUCCUGGCCAGCCUGCAGUCCUGUGAGAGCGGCAGGAACAAGGCGCGGAGGAGCAGCCAGAGUGAGGCUGUAGCGCUUCAGGCCAUCCGUAACGCCAAAGGCAACAGUCUGUGUGUGGACUGUGAAGCACCAAAUCCCACCUGGGCCAGUCUCAAUCUGGGUGCGCUGAUCUGCAUCGAGUGCUCGGGGAUCCAUAGGAACCUGGGGACUCACCUGUCUCGUGUACGUUCGCUGGACCUGGACGACUGGCCCGGGGAGCUCACGCAAGUCCUGGCUGCCAUCGGGAACCACAUGGCCAACAGUAUUUGGGAAUGCUGCACACAGGGCAGAACCAAACCCAUACCCAGUGCAACACGUGAGGAGAGAGAGUCCUGGAUUCGUGCUAAGUAUGAACAACGGGCGUUUGUGCCGCCUCUUCAGCCGGCGUCGGGGACCACGCGGCCAGAGGACAGUAUGCCUGACUGGCUGCUGUCUGCAGUGACGGAGAGAGAUCUUCCCAGGGUGCUGCUCCUUCUGGCACACAGCACCAAGGAACAAAUCAACGCUCCACCGGCCGGGUCGUCUUCGCCGCCUCGCACGGCCCUGCAUGCUGCUUGUCAGCUGGGAGAUGUUGUCAUGACCCAGCUGCUCGUCUGGUACGGCAUCGAUGUGAAAGCGAAAGACAGCCAAGGCCAGACCGCCAUGAUGAUGGCCAGAAAGACAGGGAGCAAAGGCUGCAUCGAUAUUCUGCUCCAACACGGCUGUCCCAACGAGACGUCCCCCACCACUGCCACGCCGGUCCUCUCCCGCCGCUCCAGCACUGCCAGCCUGGGGCGAAACAGCUCCAGGAAACGGAUUACAUAGCCUGGACUGAAGAAAAGCUACCACACACACACACACGACAACCGGAUGACGCUCGUAGUUUAGAAACCUUUUAAAAAAAAAAAAACAUGGAUACAGGCAGAGCUGAAGCUUUGGAGAAGGGUGUAAGAAAAAUAACGGGACUAUAUAGCAUAGUAUUAAGGAUUUAAAUAAUAAAAAAAAAUUGUUUCUGAAGACUGAACAACAUAUCAAACAACUUAAAAGCAAUAUUCAUUCAAUUUGUUGAUGACAGAUAUAUUGCUGACAGAUAAAUACUGUGUUGUUGUUGACCUCAAGAUGACUCAAGUAGAUUUGUAGCUGUCUUCUGUAAUUUUAGAGCAGAGCAGACAGUCGAGCUGCUUCUGUUUCACUUCCUCCAGGAGAAGUGCAAUAAUCCAGCUAUGAUGACGAAAAAAAAGCAACAAGUUUUGAACGCGGAUAGAGCAAACCGUGUUUUGGACGACUGUAUUGUUCAAAUUUGUUGUGACUGGACCAAAACAGCUAUUUUUUUUUUUUUUUUUCUUUUUGGCUUUACAAAUAAGACAUAAACCUGCAAUAUGUCAUGUUGUUAGUUAUGUGUGCCUGUCGCAGCAGUAUAUAGGUCCAGUCGGCCCAAUAUAAACUGUUUCCCAGUGACGAAUCAGCCGAGAUAAUUAUGACAUUCUGCUUAGACUAGAAAAAUGAAUGGUUUUGAAGAUGAAAUAUGUCAGUGUUACUCUCACAGGUCAAAGAUAUUGCAUUUUAAUAUACUGUAAAUGUACCUAUACUACAUACUUAAUGUUAAACUCUGUAACGAAGACACAACUGAAAAAUCAGACUCAAUUUUGUAAAUGAUUUCUUACUGGUAGUUUUGAAAAUUUGUCAGGUUUGUUUUUCAUCGUCUUUUAUAAUUUCUUAUUCUCUUAUAUGUCAUAAAAAGCAUAAACCAGUAAGCAGAUGCUUUUACAUUCUGUAAACAUGUGACUAUUUGUUAAAGGUUUCAUUUGGGAUAGCCAGAUAACUACAUGAAGACUAUGACAUUAUACACAUUCAUGUUACUGUUGUGUAGGUCGAUCCCACGAAUUUACAGUGAAGUAUAUGAAGCGGUUACAGGUGUCAUUGUUUGACCUUUGACACUUUGUGGGUUGUGUGAAUCCCUUGUGAGAUAAAAGAAAUGGUUACCGGAAUAAAAUAAACUUUUUUAAUUAGCAUUAUCAUGA